GUUAAAUACAACUGGAUUGUACUUAACACAUAUACUGUACUGGAUAUUUUGUAAAGAUAGUGUGUGUUACAUUACGCUACGUUCCAGGAAGAGUGCUUAAAGGCGUAUUUCAGGCUGAGCAGGGAGUUUUGAAAGGGAGUUUGAAAGCCCUCUGUAGAGACGUCUCGGUUUAUUAUUUUUCUAUUGGCCUAAAGUUCGGGAUAUUGGAACGCCGCAAUUAUUAUGCCUUUCUCCAUUUCCCCCUUGCUCUUUACAGUACAGGUCCACCAAAAUCGCACUAAAAAAUUACAAUGCAACCCCGCUUCCAUUGGAGGAGAUUUUUGAUGUCACCGCGUAAACUCUUCAGAGUAGAAAAUUUUUCUAUCUGAUGAUGCGACACUAAGCGUCAGACACCUUCUGCAAAAUGCAUUGACGCUCCCUCGGCACACGCACAAUGAAUGGGAAAAAGUCAUUUUGCCAAGUUUUCCUGUUUCAACAUUUUAUUCAGUGAUUCUUUCGCAUAUCACUAAAGGGAGCUGGCGCACCACUAGUGGUACUCGUACCGCACGUUGAGAAUCCAUUCAUCCAUUUCCUGUACCGCUUAUCCUCACUAGGGUCACUGAUCUAAAUAAACCAUGGAAUUUCAAAUAUCUUAUAUUUUAUAAAUAAUGGGUUACAGGGCUCUCUAUGACAACUUUAAGACCCCUAAUGAUUAUUUUCUAAGUUAUUUUCUUUAAAUUAAAUAUAGGUUAUAUAUAAUUUUUGCAUGUUGAUCCUCAGAUUUCCAUAUACUUGGUUAAGUAUGGGACGAUCAUUAUGUGUUAUAAUGCUUUUUUUUUUUUUCGUGUAACUUUUACUUGUAAUACUGCAAUGGCUUAUGGAAUUUUUCCUUUUGCCUUCCAGGUAAGAUAUUCAUCAUCACUCGGUAUUUAUCAUUAUAAAUUAGGUUCUUAAAUGCAACUGAAGCGGUGAUGAAAUGACCGCUUAUUUCCAUGUAACUAUUUAGGCUGUUUUGUUUACCCAGUGGCGGCACGGUAGACGACUGGUUGGCACAUCUACCUCACAGGUCUGAGGACCCAGGUUCAAAUCUGGCCUCGCCUGUGUGGAAUUUGCAUGAUCUCCCCGUGCCUGUGUGGUUUUUCUCCGGGUACUCCGGGUACUCCGGUUUCCUCCCACAUCCCAGAACCAUGCAUGGUAGGUUAAUUGAAAAGUCUAAAUUGCCCAUAGGUGUGAAUGUGAGUGGAAAUGGUUGUUUGUUGAUAUGUGCUCUGUGAUUGGCUGGCGACUAGUUCAGGGUGUACCACGUCUCUCGACCGAGGAUGGCUGGGAUUGGCUCCAGCACGCCCGCGACCCUAGUGAGGAGAAGCAAACAGAAGAUGAAUGAAUGAAUGUUUACCCAGUGGUUAUGCGAGAAGUUGGAUAACUUGGUGUCCGUGAAGGCAUCACGGGCCAUGUAAUCGGUCAGCAGCAGUGUUCGGUCGCAGCCAGUGUAGCAGCUGGGAAUGCGAGGACGCAUCACGAGCGGCUAUUUUGAGCGACGGUGUUGUCCGGGGAAUAGUCACUGGGCUGGGCUCGCCAAGAGGACAGACGCCCCCGUAGCGCGUCCCUCGGUCAGUAAGCUGUCUUCGUCGAAGUCCGGCGUGGUGGACUGACUAACUGCACCUCCAAAUGGUCAGUUGACUGAGCGUGGCUGUUCUCUUUCACUACGGAUCUGUAGUGGAAUUUUAAAAAAACGAACCCGAAGUGUCAUCGUUAUUCGAGUGUCCUGCCACUGGGUUAAAUGAGACUGUUUCGCUGCGACGGGACCUCACCGCACACCCCACCCAUGGAGUGAAGUCGGCCCGGCGUAAGUGCGCACAACCUGCCGGCGAUUCCCCCCAGCGUGUAAGCCACAAUAAAUGAUAGAGGAUACGAUGACCCUGCUGUCCCUAUUAGGUCGUAUAAUGCGUUAUUUUCUGCUCCGACCGGAGACCCUUUUCCUGCUGUGCAUCAGCUUGGCACUAUGGAGUUACUUCUUCCACACGGACGAAGUGAAGACCAUCGUGAAGUCCAGCCGCGACGCCGUCAAGAUGGUCAAGGGGAAGGUGGCCGAAAUGAUGCAGAACGAGCGCUUCGGCGGCUUGGACGUCCUGGACGCCGAGUUCGCCAAGACGUGGGAGUUGAAGAGCCACAACGUCGCCGUGUACUCCAUCCAAGGGCGGCGAGACCACAUGGAGGACCGCUACGACGUGCUCGCAGACGUUAUCAACAAGACCCACCCGUCCAUAUUUGGGAUUUUUGACGGACACGGCGGAGAGGCUGCUGCUGACUAUGCAAAGGCUCACCUGCCGGAGGCGCUUCGCCAGCAGCUGCUAACCUAUGAACGUGAGCGAGAGCGGAAUAGGGAAAAGGAUAAAGAGAAGAAUGGCAAAACGGAAGGCAUGUCCUACCCGUCUAUCCUGGAGCAGCAGAUCUUGAUGUUAGACCGAGAAAUGUUGGAAAAACUCUCUGCCACAUACAAUGAAGCAGGCACCACAUGUCUGGUGGCCCUGCUGUCCGAUAAGGAACUGACUGUCGCCAACGUCGGCGACUCGCGUGGAGUCCUGUGUGAUAAAGACGGCAACGCCAUUCCUCUAUCUCACGACCACAAGCCGUACCAGCUAAAAGAGCGCAAGAGGAUCAAGAAAGCUGGCGGUUUCAUCAGUUUCAACGGUUCGUGGCGCGUGCAGGGCAUCCUGGCCAUGUCCCGCUCCCUGGGCGACUACACCCUGAAGAAUCUCAACGUGGUCAUCCCCGAUCCCGACGUCCUCUCCUUCGACCUGAACAAGCUGCAGCCCGAGUUCAUGAUACUGGCGUCGGAUGGCCUCUGGGACACCUUCAGCAACGAAGAGGCCGUGCGUUUCGUCCGCGAACGCCUGGACGAGCCGCACUUCGGCGCCAAGAGCAUCGUCCUCCAGUCGUACUACCGCGGCUGCCCCGACAACAUCACCGUCAUGGUGGUCAAGUUCAAAGGCAAGACCGGUGCGCAAUAGAUCCCUUUCAAGUAGCUGUUUGGAGUUGGGAUAUGCAUAAUAUUCGAUUAAUUUACCACUGAGGAUUCUGUGUGGAAUUAAUUGUUGAUUAUAUCAAAGCAAUGAAGGCAAAAUGGAGCGUGACACUGCAUGGCUGCGACCAGCUGACACGGUAUAGAUUCACUCAGAACUACAGAACCCCGCCCGUUUAGUGCAGGAGAUAUAGAGACCAUGUAAAAAACAUUUUGAUAUUAUUUAUAUUUGCUCCAGCAUCCUCACUUGUCCAUAGAAACAUAGUUAUGAAUAAGCUCAUGGGCUCUUUUUAUACAGUCAUGGCUAGAAAUAUUGGCACCCCAGGUGUGCCAAUAUUUUUUAGCACGACUAUACGUAUUAUAUAUUUAUAUAUGUUUCAGAGACACGGCACAAGCUUUUACAUAGUAUGCAGUAUUCCUAUAUAUUGUGUGCCCCUCACUCAAGUAACUUUAUAAUAUUUACGCCGCAGAAAGUCUUUGCCGUGUCUGUUGGCUUGUCAUACAGGCAAAAGUACAGACGACAGUACUGCAAACUACUGCGUGGGUCUUUUUUUCCUCCUGCCCAGUGCAUAAUAACCAUAAUAGAGUCGUAGGUAUAUACAGGGAAAUCCUCACCUCUUGUCUGCGCCAUUUCGCCGGCGGACCACGGCGGCUGCGAGAUUUAGUUGUCUUGCUGGCGGUUGAGGUCCCGAUGGCCGCAGGAAAAAUAGUUGUCACCGCAGCUGGUUUCAGCCUUGCCUAACUACACCUGUGUAUCCAAUGCCUUCUGCUAAGUCUUUCUCAGAACACGCCGGUUCGAAGUGAUCACCACAGAGUUUAGAAUGCUUGCUAGGUACCCAUAGCUGACCACGUUUCUUCCCCUGUCAAGUGACUUUCCCUAGCCACUGCUCACAUGUUCCUUUUUCACUUGGAAAGCCACAGAAACUCUUGCCGCUGCCUCAACCAUUUGUACAACCAAAUGCCACACAAAUAACCAUUGUGAAUUCGCUAAAUCAUACGACAACAAAUAGACAAGGCAUGGAACAAUAGCACAAAAUGCCGAAUGAACAGGCUGGUUGGCUCGUGUUACGUCACAGCGCCGAAGACCGGAAGGCGCGAGAUGCAAAAACCAGAAGGCGCAUUCUGAAUCAUAUUUAUCGAUUUAACUGCCUGUAUAUCUGCUAUAUAAUCACUUCAAAAUGGCAGAUGUGUUUUGUAAAGGGGUUAUAGAGUUAUCAAGAACAUUUUUAACAUCUUUUUCCACUGACCUAUAAACACCAAAAUGGUUAACCAAACCAUAUAAUUUUGUCUCAUGAAAGUCUGCUAUCUUAAUGAUAACAAUCAAUACGAAACGUUGUAGACAGACUAACGGAUAUUAGCAUAGAUACUACAGUAAUUAUAAACCUUCAAAAAACAGCAGCAACACAUUCAAACAGAGUAUACAACAAUGCUAUUUCAAUGCAUAUAUUCUCUUUGCUCUGCGGGAACAAUGCCUAUUACUAUUAGUAUGACUGGAGAUAGCGUAAUAAUCGGUUAAGAUGUUAAAAAGCGGUACAAAGUACAAACUUGACUUGGCUAGCAGGCUUACAUCCACUCUACAUGGCACAACUCCUGGGGACAGUAAUGUUGCUGCUCAAUACAACAUUGGCAUGGAAACAGGAAUUUAAAAAAUCAUAUAUUUUAAACCAUCCAUUUUCCAUUAUCCAUUGAUCCUCAUUAGGGUCGCGGGCAUACUGGCGCCUAUCGCAACUGACUCUGGGCAAGAGGCGGGGUACACCCUGAACUGGUCGCCAGCCAAUUGCAGGGCAAUAUAUUUUAAACAUAUCAUAUAAUUGAGUCUCUUCAUACUUAUAUGCACAUAUAGAAUUUUAUAUUAUAUAAUUUGUUUUUUAAUUCAUGAUUUAUAAACUAUUUUGUUUUAAAUCACAUCAUCUAGAAUCUGGGGGAAUAAUAUCAAGAAUAAAAAUCUGAAUUUAGGUAACUGUGCAGCAUAAAUCUAAUACCGCUCUUCCUUACAAAAAUUGUCCAAAUGCAAUUUUAUUUGGAUUUAGAUUAGAGUCCAGAAGUUUCAUUUUCUUUUGUUGAUUUGGGGAUUUAUGCUUGGCUCAUUGGUUUUGGGCCAAAAAUUGAGUGUUAAUUUUUUUCUCAACCUUGACUAAAGCCCCAUCAUGAUGCUUCAAAGUGGCUAUAGUUCAACUGGUAUUGUUUUUGCACUAGGGGGGGAAAAAAAUCUAAGUGAACGGAUGUAUGUCGGCUGUAACAAUGCAUUGUGACACCACUAUUUUAAAUGACCUUAUUUGCAUACCGUUUCAUUUUCAACGUGUUUGUCAGGUCACAUGUUUCAGCUCUGUAAUUUCCCGAUGUUUCCACUGUUCGUUAAGGUUUGUACAGCAAUAGGAGGAUGAAUGUGCUUGUACAGCAUGGGACUGCCACGUUUUAUCAUUUUUGAACGUUUUAGUUCAUAAUAAACGAUUGAUGAAUUUUUGUUUUUGAGGACUUUUUUGAUUUGUGUUCCCAGUCAGAACCAAUUUAUUAGAAAUGUUUUGCUCUGCUGCUCACGCAAACGUUGGAUAGAAUUUCAAAAGGUCACUUUAAAUAAAUGUUAAAAUGUAAUAACAUGACCUUCAUGAAGCAAUACAGCUCUAGUGACACUUAACGGUUGCUGGAUGAUGUAACACUGAAAUGAAACAAACAUUUGAAUGACGUGUAUAAUUGCUGCCUUAUUUUUAACGGUUUGUUUCCUGUAAUAUCUGCUGCCAUUUUUUCCCCCAAAAACGUGUGCCCCGCAUGACUAUAGUUUCACUCUCUAAUAAGCCACAUGUAAAGUAGAAAUGUUUAAAAAAAUGUCUCCAAGAGACAUAAAAUGUAAGAUGAAUGUACAUACUGUGCAGAUGUGGGCAACCUCAUUACUUGGUGCCUACACGGCAAUAAAGAAAGCAACGUAGAUUGUAUUACAUCAGCAAUAUGUUCAAAUGUCUUUUGUUUGGAAUUUUUUCCAUUCAAACCUAUCUCAUUCAUCAUGAACAUUGCAGAAUGUUAGUUUGGCAUUUGUAUAUGUGUACUUUCAUAAACUGUAUGGAUUAAAAAAAAAUAUUUUAAGAUGUAAUUUAGAAAAAAGUUAACAUUAAAAUGAGAGUAUUACAUUAUUUACAGUA